AUGAGGAUUGUUAUUAAAGUGCACAAACAGCUGAAAGACAGGUGACUUAAAUUUGAAUUUUUUGUCAAUUUCAAUAGGCACAAUUAUUUUUUAUCUCUCUGUUAAGCUGUAUUCAAUUUAUAAUAAACAUGUUAUUUUAAUGUAAAGUCAGUUUGCUGAAAUGGAUCCUACCUCAAGAGACCAGCUAUUUGUGAGAAACCCACAUUUAAAGGAGCUUGAAGAUGAUGUGCUCUUUCAUAUUGGAAUAACAGCUGGGGACCAUAAAAAUCUCAAAAAUUUGUUUGGUGAUGUCAAGGUAAUUUCAAUGCCACAAAAGAAAAAGCAAAUUAUUAGCAUGGUUGUAUGUUAAUUAGAUUUCAAGGCUGUGCUCUAACGGCGCCCGGUCGCCUGAGGCGACUAACAUUUGGCCUCGGGCGACUGAAAAUAUUUUCUUGGUCGCCCGGCCGGGCGACUGGCUGGUGUUGGUUUCUUGAUUUACAGUAAAAAAAAAAUAGAAAAUGUUGUUCAAUCGGGCGCGCGUUGAUAUUCAAAGGUCGUUCCACGUGAAUUUACGUGUAACAUAAUCAUCGACUUUGAUCGUGACAAGCUGCACAGUUUUCGAUUUUAACCGCUUUUCCAAAUAGUAUUAUAAUUUUUCCUUUAAAUUAGGAUGGCUCGUUAGUUAGUUUUUGAAAAGCAAUUGUUACUUCUGCUCUGACAGGCGUAAAGUACGGUCGACGAUUAAUAAAUCGCUAAAUGAACACGGGAGUCGUUCUUUUAAAAGAAAAUGUUGUUCCAUCGGGCGCGCGUUGAUGUUCAAAGGUCGUUCCACGUGAAUUCACAUGUAGCAUAAUCCUUGACUUUGAACUUGACUAGCUGCACAGUUUUCGAUUUUAACGGCUUUUCCAAUAGCAUUAAAAUUUUUGCUUUAAAUUGGGAUGGCUCAUCAGCUAGUUUUUCAAAAGAAGUUGUUACUUCUGCUCUGAUAGGCGUAAAGUACGGUCGGCGAUUAAUAAAUCGCUGAAUAAACACGGGAGUCGCUCUUCUAUGCUAAUUUAAUAUUUUAGCCGGCUUUUUACUGCCGUGUCUGCGAGGCAAAAACAUAACUUAAGAUUGUUUUUCCAGUAAAACACGAUGUAUAAAAAAGAAAAGAUAGCUUUUUUUUUGUGAUUGUUUUAGAAACGCGUAUAAACUCUAUAAGUCCCGCAUUGUCCUUGGUGUCAUGACAAGUUAUUACGUAUCACGCACUAAAAAUAAAAUCGACCGAAUCCACAAAAAGCUCAUUUGUCUUGAACAUUUCACCGAUAGGUUUUCAGGAGGUCAAAGGAUACGAUGUUUCAUGAACAUAAAAAUAAUAAAUAAAUGCACAUAGUUCUAUUUGACUCGUUACGAAAACAGUUUGUUUAAUUUUUAAUAAUUAACUGACUGAUUUAUUAAUUUGGGCGACCAACUAGGAGGCCCGGGCACCUCAGCUAAAAUGUUUGAGAGCCCGAAGGGCUCCCCGAAAUUUUGAUUUGGGCGACCAUCUUUUAGGCCUGGGCACCCAAGCUAAAACGCUUGGGAGCCCGAAGGGCUCCCUGAAAUUUUCCUUAGAGCACAGCCUUGGAUUUGUAAUGUAAGUGGAAAAUACAACUGGGAUUUUCAGCCAAGGAGUUUUGAGAUGUUAUUCACUUUUAUUUUGUGCGAGGUUUUGGAACCUCUUUAUUUUUCAAGUACAUCUUGACCUACUUUCCUGGAAAAUUACAGGCUGGUUUCUAUGGCUAUUAUGCAUAGAUCCAUGAAGAUCUCUUAUGUUUCCAAUGUUUGUUUAUUUAUUAUUUAAAGAGGUUGUUAGUGAAUCUUCUAAAAUAAAAGAGACAGCAGAAAUGAAAACCAAUACCAGAGAAGGAACAGUUUUAUUUUUUUUUAUUACAGUUUGUCUGCAUGGGAGGAAGUACAAAUCGGAUCAAACAUUUUGCCAAGUUUAUUCAAGGAGAACUCAAGGACCAUUUAAAGGAUGAUAAUGAACCUCUUAACAUGUCAAAGUCUGAUCGCUAUGUGCUGUACAAAGUUGGACCUGUUCUGGCUGUAAAUGUGAGUUCUUUUCAGUGACGUCCAUAUAAAAGGUCCCUUUGCCUCUUAAAUCGUUAGCAAGUGCAGAAGAAGAAAUCACUGCUGACAGUCCUCGAAUCUUGCCUGAGAUACAACAUUUACUAAACUAUUUACUUACUUUUUAUUUCAAUCUGGUGUUCAUCAUUGCUUUGAUUCAAAUUUAAUCAUACCUCAUCAAGCAGACAUAAUGGAUAAGCCCCCAUCGCAAGUUUGUGAGAAAGUGCCUAUGUUUGAUGUUAUGCCUUCUGUAGUAAAACUCAAACUGGUUUGAAAAACUUAAGUCAGAACAAAUUGAACCACAAUAUACAUAAUUAUGCAUGACUUGUGUGCUACUUAUCAACAUUUAGUUUCUUUUGAGACAGUGGUGUAAUUACCACUUAACUUUACAAACUGAUCUACCAAACCUUCAGCUAGGGUCUAUUACAUCAGGAGUUUUUUUCUAACUUUCUCUAAUAUACCAAAAUAUUUAAAAAACUAAGUGGGUGAACCCCAACAUACCAACCAAGGCAAACAUAAGGUCAACAGAAGGCUGACAAUGCAGUCCACACUCUGAACAUUUAAACAGACAGAAUCCAGAAUCCAAACCAAAGAUUUUAGACAAGUGACAAUGCAAUGCACCAAAAUUUUAACAUCUGCCAAUCUGUGUCCUAAAUACCCCCACCCUACUUAGUUAAGAUGUGUAAUAUCGUAUACCAGGCUAAAGGUGCUUACAUGUACAUGAAAUAUUUUCUUGAUCUAUAGCACGGCAUUGGAACCCCUUCUUUAGUGGUUAUCAUGCAUGAAGUUUUUAAACUCCUUCACUAUGCAGAAGCAGAAGAAGUGAAAUUUUUCCGAAUUGGCACAUCUGGAGGCUUAGGUACUGAUUAGGUAACAAUUAUUGUGUCACAUAAUAAGUGCUUUUAAUAAUCCCAGGAAAAUCAUUUAUUUAUUUCUAUACGGUAGUUGUAAUUGUACCAUAGAGGGUAGAUCUUUAGACCUAUAGGUCUACUGUCAGUGACUUUGGGUGAUAUUUUGGGAACAGUUUUAGCAUCAAUCCAGAUCCUAGAGUCAAUGAUUGAACAAGACCUUUGAGUCAUAUGAUUAACAAAUAUUAUAAUAAAGUUUGGAUAUGACGCACACUGUCAUUGGUUUAAACAGCAUGCUCUAUCAGAGUUUUAUAUGAUAAGCUCAGUUAUGCACGCAUUCUGAUUAAUUCUCACUUAUGAUCUAUUGGAGGACAGACAUAUAGAUGUUGUCAUCAUUAAAACUUUUUAAAAUUCUUUAUUAUAUAAAACAAAUAGAUUCCAAGUUGCCGUGCAUCUGUUCAGUAAUAGAUCACAGAGGACGUCAAAAUGUGGUAAGAACAUCUGUGACACACUCAGCUGCACCACAUGUGCCACUUUUUUGUUCUUACCACAUUUUGACAUCAUCUGUGAUCUAUUACUGAACAGACGCAUGGCAACUUGGAAUCUAUUUGUUAAUUAAAGCAUAGAGCCGAGCUAAAGCCAUCACGCCAACUGCCAAGUUGUCCGACUUUUUCCUGGACUUAUAUUUAGCUUUUUUUUUUGUUAAUUGAAAGUGAAAUUUCAGAACAAGCAAGCCGGCAAGUUAUUGCAAUGUGGGCAGAGAGAUGAAAAUCCUCAAAAUGAAGAUGUUAAAUACAGUUCACUUGACCCUGAUUACCAGUGACAAUAGUCCAUUUUUACCUCAUGCUAGGAGGUUAUUCAUACAACGAGAUUUAAGUAUGGACCUCACUGACACUCACUCAUUCCAUUCUGAUCUGUUAGACAAUUAAUUUAUAUGCAUUGAACAUGGAUCAAAUUUGUUUUCCCCUGCCUCCCCUACCAGGCUUUUUUCUGUCCUCAAAGUUGUGCUAUUUUCUGAUCUUUUGAUGUAUCUGGGAAGGGGUGGGACAAAGGCAGACAAGUGUUUUGUCUAGAUUAAUUUCACUUGGCAGAUCAUGCCAUGUAAUAAUAAAUGUCUGUUUGUAGCUAGAUGAAAUGAAAGAUUGUCAUUAUGAUACCAACAAAUGCAGAGUAAUUUUAUGGGGCCUCAGUUAGUCAAAUAAAUAUGAAAGUGCAGAUUUAAAAUUAUUCAAUUUUUAAACUAUUAUUUUAAAGGCCUAGAACCUGGGACUAUUGUGAUCACAAGAACAGCAGUUAAUCCUCUUCUAGAACCUUUCAGUGAGCAGGUUAGUUUCUACAUAGAAAUUGUUUCCUGGUUGAUGGACAGGUGUAAAAAAGACUUCUAUUUUCAGUUGUAUGUUCAAAUAUUUGAAGAGCCUUUUUUUUCCCUUUGGACUAAUCUGUGUACUGAAAGUAAUAAACUUCUUUUCAACCUUGUGUGAGGGCUACUCUGGGGAAUAUUGGCCCGAGUUUGUGGCAGUAUGGACCAAGCACAGCGAGGUCAGUACAAGAACGAGUGAGGGCCAAUAUUUUGCAGUAAUGCUCAAGCAGGCAAGGUUAAAGUAAGUAGCUUAUCAUAUGGCACUUGCACCAAACUUGUUUGCUUUGAAUUUGUCAGCUUUUCCUAUCAAAAAUAUAUGGCUUAUGACCAUUUCUGUGGAAACAGUCUGUAAGGCAAAAUCCAGACCAAGAACCAAUCUGAACCAAUCGGAACUCUCAGACUUACCUUAGGACUACUUUGCCACAUAAUAAAAUGUUAUUUGUCAAUCAAACAUUUAUGUCAAGUACAAUGUAAAUUUUGCGUCAUCUUCCAUCCCAAAGUAUUUCAGCCUUUCUAAGCACUAUAAAAUCUUACAGUACCACCCUCCACCCAUGGUUAAUGCAGAUAAGUAGCUUGAGAAACCUGAUGAAGUGUUAUCUAGUACCAGUGCUGUUCACAAUACUCCUGCUCACUUUGUGACAUGAAAAUUGUGUUAUAUUAUGCUUUAAUUAGCAGCUUGAUAAAUUUGGCUCAUCUUUGGUGCUUCCAUUUGGCAAUUAAUACAGCUCAAUUCUUUGAUGAUUAUUUUCCAGUUGACUUUGAUCUCCCCCUAUUCUCAAUCUGUCAGAAAUCUGAUGGGUGUGAAUAUCUUUUUCUUUCCUCCCAUGGGUGAUUAACUGUUUAACUUACAAGAUCUGAUUGUUAAUUCUCUCCUCUUGCUGCUACACGAUUUCUUGUAAAUUAGUUACAAGAAUUUGGGGUACGAUCAAGAUAAAAACUUUUUCCUGAGUAUAAUGAGUAUUCUCAUUAACUGUUUGCUAGAAAACAUAUUGGUAUCAUAGGGAGAAGUUACAUGUUAAUCACUUCUGGGAGGUAAAGGGCUAAUUAUGGAGUGAUUGAUUAUAGGACCAUGUGUCAAACUAACUACAUACAGGAAAAAGUUUAUUUAUCCAAUUCCUAUUUCAGGUGAUCUUGGGUAAAGUGCUGAAAUUUCCAUCAAAUCUGGAUGAAAAGUUACAGAAGCAAGUAAUGGAUUGUAGUGAUGGUUUACUAACAGCAGUUGGAGACACAAUGUGUGCUCAUGAUUUCUAUGAAGGUAUGUCAAGGGUGUGGACAAAGCAGGUAGGAUAUGAACGAUACCUGCAAACCCCUCUCUCUCUCUCUGACGACAAAACUUUAAAAUUACUUUCAAGGAAAAUGCCAAAGUGAGAGGAAAACAGAUGAAGAAGGAAAUCCAGUCAUGUGCUAGCAUUUUUUUUAACAUGAAAAACCUUAUAGCCUGCUGUGUGGCAGGCAUGGAAGGAGGGAAGAACACAUGCAUGUAGGGCACACUUGGGUGAAAGGAAAUGGUGGAAGGGGAGAAAGAAAUUGGCCCCCUUCUUCUCCUCCUCUCCUACGAUAGCAUUUUUUAAAGAAAUUAACACUCUUUAUUUGCGAACUUGUUGUGCAUGAUACGACAUGCUAAAUUAUCAAGAAGCUUAACCCCCUAUUGCUACCCUUCAGGCCAAGGAAGGCUGGAUGGUGCCUUCUGUGACUACACGCUUGAAGAUAAACUUGAGUUUCUUCAGAAGAUUUACGAUGCUGGUGUGCGCAACAUUGAAAUGGAAAGUGUUUGCUUUGCAUCCAUGUGUAACCGUGCUGGUGUCCCUGCAGCUAUACUGUGUGUUACACUAGUGGACCGUCUCAAAGGAGAUCAGGUAGAACUGACACCAGAGCAACAUGAGGACUUCCAGAUGCGGCCUCCCAGGCUUGUGGCUAGAUUUAUCAAGAAAAUGUUAGCAGAUCAAAGCAACAGCUGUGAGUUUCCUCUAAGGAAACGACAAAAGGCUAACUAAAUGUUUCACAAUCACAUCAUCCUUACUGAUUUGAGUGUUAUGUUGGUGGAGUGACUUAAAAUCAAUUAAUAAGAAUUUUCUUGAAAGGUGUCUCUUGCUUUAGUGAAUUUAAGGCAGAACCAUUAUGGAGAAGCAAGGAAUUAUUAGGA